AGAGAGAUCGAGGUUAAAAGGAGAGCAAUGGUGGUACCAAUCCCUAAGAGGUUGCUUCACAUUGUGCCAUGGACGAGAUCGUUCCCGAGGAGGGGCCCUCGCACCGCCCGUCCGGGCAUCGUCGACGCCUCCGCUGUGGCAGCGCCGCCGCCGCCGCCGCCGCGGCGGCGGCCGUCGUCGUCUUCAUCGGCGGCGUACGCCGCGGAGCCCUUCGACAGCGAGAAGCUGCCGCCGAUGCUCGUCUCCGAGAUCCGCCCCUUCCUCCGCGUCGCCAAUCAGAUCGAGAGCGAGUCCCCUCGCGCCGCGUACCUCUGCCGCUUCCAUGCGUUUGAAAAGGCACACAUGAUGGAUCCCCAUUCAAGUGUUAGGGGUGUUCGACAGUUCAAAACUACGCUUCUUCAACGACUUGAACAGGACGAAGAAAUCACUAUAUCAAAGCGGAAGGAAAAAAAUGAUGCUCGAGAGUUGAAGUCGUUAUAUGAAAAAAAAAAGUCUGUGAACGCACAUGAAGUAGCUUCUGUUCUGCUAGAAGCGUUGAGGGCAGUUGUAUCCGGCGCUGGCCUUGAGAACUUUGCUGCUGGUGAAGACAUGUCAGGUUUAUAUAGUCGAUACAACAUACUUCCACUACAUUCGAGUGGAGGCCAGCAAGCAAUUAUGCUUCUUCCAGAGAUCAAAGCUGCCGUUUCCGCUGUUUAUAAUGUUCGAGGUCUUCCAUUAGCUAAUGAUGAUGAGGAAACCGGAGGCCAUAGAGAUUUAUUCGAAUGGCUAGAAAGCUGGUUUGGAUUUCAGAAAGGAAAUGUGGCAAAUCAAAGGGAACAUCUGAUCUUACUGCUCGCUAACAUUCAUGUUAGACUGAAUCCGAAACCUUCUAUGUCAAAGGUAUCACCUGCUGGAAUUUUGUUGUUCAGCUCUUUCUUUCUUAUAAUAUCUUUAACUGUUGUAUGUUUAUUUUGUCAGCUUGAUGACAGAGCUGUAAAUGAACUGAUGGUGAAGAUAUUAAAGAAUUAUGUCACCUGGUGCAAAUUUUUGGGCCGCAAAAGCAACAUCUGGUUACCAUCUAUAAAGCAAGAAGUUCAACAGCAUAAAAUUUUAUAUAUUGCUCUUUAUCUCCUUAUAUGGGGUGAAGCUUCAAACUUGCGGUUAAUGCCAGAAUGCAUAUGUUACAUAUUUCAUCAUAUGGCAUAUGAGUUGUACGGUGUGCUAUCUGGUGCUGUAAGCUUAAAUACUAGAGAAAAAGUCCGGCCAGCAUAUGGCGGAGACUGCGAGUCAUUUCUUAAGAAUGUGGUUACCCCAAUAUAUAAAGUCAUAUAUGAGGAAGCUCAAAAGAACAAAAAUGGGGUUUCUGAUCACUCAAAGUGGAGAAAUUAUGAUGAUCUGAAUGAGUUUUUCUGGUCGGUUGAUUGUUUCAAGCUUGGUUGGCCCAUGCGUCUUGAUAAUGAAUUCUUUUGCACCUCAUCUUCGCCUAAUCAAAGUAUCAACUCUCAGGUAAGCGCCACUACAGCUUGUCAGCAGAAGUGGUUGGGGAAGACAAACUUCAUAGAAAUCCGAUCAUUUUGGCACCUUUUUAGAAGCUUUGAUCGGAUGUGGACAUUUUUUGUACUUGCAAUUCAGGUGAUGAUAAUUUUGGCAUGGCAUGAUGUAGAAACGCCUCUCCGGUUACUCGAUCCAAUAAUUUUUGAGGACGUGCUGAGCAUUUUUAUAACUAAUGCUGUUCUUAGACUUGUACAAGUGACUCUUGACAUUGCUUUUACAUGGAAAGCAAAACGUACUAUGAGCUUCAAUCAACAAUUAAGAUUUGCAGUGAAACUUUUUAUUGCUGCAAUCUGGGCUGUCACUCUUCCAGUCUCUUAUGCCAGUUCUCAAAAGGGCUCCUUUUGUUCUACCAAACAACCCAACAGCAUAAUUGGCAUAUUCUGCCUGUCACCAUAUAUGAUUGUGGUUGCGAUAUACCUAAUCAGUAAUGUGAUUGGCAUGGCAUUAUUCUUUGUUCCUGCUGUUAGCAACUUCUUGGAGACAUCAAAUUGGAAAAUUUGUAAAGUUCUAUCAUGGUGGUCUCAGCCUCGGUUAUAUGUUGGACGAGGAAUGCAAGAAGGCCAAACAUCUCUACUAAAGUACACAGUGUUCUGGGUGUUUCUACUGUCAAGCAAAUUUAUAUUCAGCUACCAUUUCGAGAUAAAGCCUCUUGUGGUUCCAACCAAAGAAAUUAUGAAUGUUAACAUAAAUGGAUACGAUUGGCAUGAGCUCUUUCCACAAGUUAAGAGCAAUGCUGGUGCAAUUCUUGCUGUGUGGGCCCCAAUCAUUCUUGUCUAUUUCAUGGAUACCCAGAUAUGGUAUUCCAUAUUUUGUACAAUUUUUGGUGGCAUUUAUGGGAUUGUUCAUCAUCUGGGUGAGAUCCGAACAAUGGGAAUGGUUAGAACCCGAUUCCACACAUUACCGUCUGUCUUCAAUGCUUCUCUUGUUCCACAGUCAUCAACAAAGGAAAAGAAGAAGACAUUAAAGAGUUUCUUGGAAAAUAAACUUUUUAAGGGUCCUAGCAUUGAAAGAAAUGAUCUCUCUAGAUUUGCUCUAGUUUGGAAUCAAAUAAUCAGCAGUUUUCGUUCGGAGGACUUGAUAAGCAACAGAGAGAUGGAUUUGAUGACCAUGCCUCUGUCAUCGAACAUGAGUUCGAGCCCUGUUCAAUGGCCCUUAUUUCUACUGGCUAGUAAGUUUUCAACAGCAGUUAACAUGGCAAAAGAUUUAGCUGGAAAUUAUGAUCAUCUUUGCCGGAAAAUAAAGAAGGAUGACUACAUGUUUUGUGCUGUUAAAGAGUGUUAUGACUUACUGAGGAAUAUUUUCAAGGUUCUUAUUAUCGGUGAUCUAGAGAAAAGAGUUGUAGGUGCAAUAUUUAAAGAAAUUGAUAAAAGCAUUUAUGAAUCAAGCCUAUUUGUCAAUUUUACAACGGUUGAACUGCCAAAUUUACGCAAUAAAUUUGCUCAGCUGAUCGAUUUGUUGUAUGAAAACAAGCAAGCUAAUAAAGACAAAGUUAUCAUUUUGCUUCAAGAUAUCAUUGAGAUUCUGAUCAAAGAUAUGAUGGUAGAUGGUGGCAGAAUAUUGGAUGUGAUCAAUUCCUCCCAAAUGGUGAACUGCGAUGAUGAUAAUUUAUUCACAUAUUACAACCCACAGUUAUUUGCAUCAAAUGUCUCUGGGUUUACCAUCCGCUUUCCUCUUCCAGAUAAGGGUCCACUGAAAGAACAGGUCAAACGCCUUUAUUUAUUGCUUACUACCAAGGAAAAUGCUAUGGAUAUACCAACCAAUUUAGAGGCUCGACAGCGCAUUUCCUUCUUUGCCACUUCUCUGUUCAUGGACAUGCCUGUUGCUCCGAGUGUCCGCAAUAUGUUGUCAUUCAGCGUGAUGACUCCUUAUUUCAUGGAAGAAGUUAAUUUUUCAGAGGAGGAGCUUCAUUUAAGUCCAGAUGGGGCAUCCAUCCUAUCUUAUAUGCAAAAAAUUUAUCCAGCUGAGUGGAAGAACUUUUUGGAGCGUCUUGGUCCCAAGGCUACCAAUGAAGAGAUUAGAUAUUGGGCUUCUUUUCGUGGACAAACAUUGAGCCGUACAGUUCGAGGAAUGAUGUACUACAGAAAAGCAUUAAAACUGCAGGCUUUCCUAGACAGGGCUAGCGAUCAAGAGAUAUGUAAAGGGCAUAUUGCUAUUGAACAAGGACAAAGUAAGAAAAAAGGCCAACAAUCAUUGUCAGCCCAGCUAGAUGCAUUAGCAGAUAUGAAAUUCACAUAUGUUUUAUCUUGUCAAAUGUAUGGAGAACAAAAAUCUUCUGGUGAUCCUCGUGUUAAAGAUAUUAUCGAUCUGAUGAUGAGGUAUCCAUCAUUGCGUGUUGCCUAUAUUGAAGAGGAAGAGUUAGCUGAUACGCCCUGUAAGGUUUAUUCUUCAGUUUUAGUUAAAGCAGAGAAUAAUCUGGACCAGGAAAUAUACCGUAUAAAGCUUCCUGGUCCACCAAUCAUUGGAGAAGGGAAACCUGAAAACCAAAACCAUGCAAUUAUUUUCACUCGUGGUGAUGCUCUUCAAACAAUUGAUAUGAACCAAGACAACUAUCUAGAAGAAGCCUAUAAAAUGCGAAAUGUUCUCCAGGAGUUUGUUAGGCAUCAUGGAGAGCAUGCUCCGACCAUACUUGGGCUAAGAGAGCACAUAUUCACAGGAAGUGUUUCUUCUCUUGCUGCCUUCAUGUCCUAUCAAGAGACAAGCUUUGUCACCAUAGGACAGCGAUUUCUUGCAAAUCCCCUCAGGGUACGAUUUCAUUAUGGCCACCCAGAUCUUUUUGAUAGGCUUUUUCAUUUGGCAAGAGGUGGCAUUAGCAAAGCCUCUAAAACUAUUAAUUUAAGCGAGGAUGUAUUUGCUGGUUAUAAUUCCACGCUACGCCGUGGAUCUGUAACCUACAAUGAGUAUAUUCAAGUUGGCAAAGGGCGUGAUGUUGGUCUCAAUCAGAUAUCUCAGUUUGAAGCCAAAGUAGCAAAUGGGAACAGUGAGCAAACUAUAAGCCGUGAUAUCUACCGUCUUGGUCGGCGUUUUGACUUUUUCCGAAUGCUUUCUUGUUAUUUCUCUACAGUUGGAUUUUACUUCAAUAGCCUAAUCUCAAUUGUUGGGGUUUACAUUUUCCUGUAUGGACAGUUGUACUUGGUUCUUAGUGGAGUGGAGAAAGCACUUUUAACUGAAGCUCGAGCUCAAAAUAUGAAAUCUUUAGAAACAGCCCUUGCAUCCCAAUCUUUUCUGCAGCUAGGACUUCUCACUGGCUUACCUAUGGUUAUGGAACUAUGUCUUGAAAAAGGAUUCCGUACGGCUCUAACAGACUUCAUUCUGAUGCAACUGCAGCUCGCCUCUGUCUUUUUCACAUUCUCUCUUGGAACAAAGGCCCACUACUUUGGUCGGACUAUUCUCCAUGGCGGAGCCAAAUACCGGCCCACAGGUCGCAAGUUUGUGGUUUUCCAUGCCAGUUUCACUGAAAACUAUCGACUAUACUCGCGAAGCCACUUUGUCAAAGGAUUCGAAUUGAUAUUUCUGUUGGUAAUAUAUAAUCUGUUCAGAAAAUCUUAUCAGAGCAAUAUGGCUUAUUUAAUGGUCACGUAUUCUACGUGGUUCAUGGCGGUGACGUGGCUCUUCACGCCUUUUCUUUUCAACCCUUCCGGUUUUCAAUGGCGAAAGAUAGUUGAGGAUUGGGUCGAGUGGAAUAGGUGGAUGAGUAACCAAGGAGGUAUAGGAGUACAACCGGACAAGAGCUGGGAGUCUUGGUGGGAUGCUGAGCACGCACAUCUAAGGCAUUCAGUGGUGAGCUCUAGAGUUCUUGAAGUUCUUCUCUCUCUAAGGUUCUUCAUUUAUCAAUACGGCCUUGUCUAUCACCUCGACAUUUCUCAACAAAACAAGAAUUUUGUGGUUUAUGUGCUUUCCUGGCUCGUGAUAGUUGCCAUUGUUGCACUAGUCAAGAUUGUAAAUGAGGCUCGUCGGCGGCUGAGCACAGAUUAUCACCUAGCGUUCAGGCUUUUUAAGCUGCUGAUGUUCCUGGGUGUAAUAACCUGUUUAAUUAUUCUUUCAAAUUUGUGCAAACUCUCUUUAAUGGAUCUGAUCAUGUGCUGUCUCGCAUUUAUACCGACCGGCUGGGGCCUCUUGCUGAUUGUGCAAGUUUUGAGACCGAUGAUAGAGGACUACGCAAUAUGGGAGCCUAUCCAGGUUAUUGCUCAUGCCUAUGACUAUGGAAUGGGUUCAGUACUAUUUGCGCCAAUCGCCGCAUUAGCAUGGAUGCCUGUAAUCUCAGCCAUUCAAACUCGCGUUCUUUUCAACCAGGCAUUCAGCCGUCAAUUGCAGAUUCAACCUAUUCUUGCGGGGAAAAGCAAAUAUAGGUAGAUUGAGGCUACAUUUCAGUUGCCAUUUUAUAGCUGGUAUUUUUUGGUACAUGAAAUCUCCUUGUGUAGAUAGUUUAAUACAAUCCAUUUUUUUUGUUUCUUAUAAAUGCCUUUGCACUAAAGUUCAUGUAACAAUUUUAGCUUGAAUAUUGUUAUCUGUCUCUAUGAACUUUGAAAAUGCAUGUUUCAAAGGA